AUGACUUUCUGCGACCUACUCUGCUCACCUCCCCCCUGCCUCCGAGGUUAUUUUAACUUCCCCUCCAAGCAUUCAAUGUUGGACAGGAUCAAAUUGCCGCCUGAAAUGUCGCCGUUAAGCUGCUUUCGUCCCUUCACCUCGUCGACGUCAUCUUCUUGCCCAGUCGAUUCCUUUCAUUUUAUCAUAGAACUUACGCCGUCGCAUUACCUUCUCUCUUCUCCCAUCCCUACCCCCUUUUCAACCGGAUACCCGUCCCACUAA